CGACAAACAGCACGGCCUCGACCGAACACUGAACGCCAGUGCGGGUGCGAUUUUUUUUGCAAAAGCUUCUAUUCAAGGUCCUCGAGACUCGACAAUUCCGGAUUUUCCUUCUCCCGAACGGGCCUUCCUUGCCAAUUUUUCUUUUUCCUAUUCUCCGGUUAAACCGCAACCGAAGAAUCGAAGCAUCAGUCCGAUCAUUUUUCUGGACUGAGAGCAUUUGGACUUUACGUCUUCGUCGACCUUUUUCGAUUUAAAUCACACAUAUCACAAUGGCAUUCGGUGGUCCUCGUGGUGGUGGUGGCCGUGGUGGCCGUGGUGCUCCUCGUGGAGGUGGUGGCGGCCGUGGUGGUAGAGGCGGUCUUGGUGCCGGUGGUCGUGGUCGCGGCGGUGGCCGUGGUGCUCCCCGCGGUGGUCGUGGUGCCCCCCGUGGCCGUGGUGGUCCUCGCGGCGGUGGUCGCGGCGGUGCUAAGGGUGCCAAGGGUGGUGCUAAGGUCAUCAUUGAACCCCACCGUCACGCUGGUGUCUUCGUCGCCCGUGGUGGUAAGGAAGAUUUGCUCGUCACCAAGAACCUUACUCCCGGAGAGGCCGUCUACGGUGAGAAGCGCAUCUCUGUCGAGUCCCCCGCUGAGGAGGAUGGCACUGUGACCAAGACCGAAUACCGUGUCUGGAACCCCUUCCGUUCCAAGUUGGCUGCCGGUAUCCUGGGUGGUCUGGAUGACAUCUACAUGCGCCCUGGCUCCAAGGUCCUGUAUCUCGGUUCCGCCAGCGGUACCUCCGUCAGUCACGUUGCCGAUAUCGUCGGACCUACUGGUAACGUCUACGCCGUUGAGUUCUCCCACCGUUCCGGCCGUGACUUGAUCGGCAUGGCUACCCACCGCACCAACGUUAUCCCCAUCGUCGAGGACGCCAGACACCCUCUUCGUUACCGUAUGCUCGUCCCCAUGGUCGAUGUCAUCUUCGCCGAUGUUGCCCAGCCCGACCAGGCCCGUAUUGUCGGCCUGAACGCCCACAUGUUCCUCAAGGAGGGCGGUGGUGUCAUUGUCUCCGUCAAGGCCAACUGUAUCGACAGUACCGCUAAGCCCGAGGUUGUGUUCGCUCGUGAAGUCCAGAAGAUGAGAGAGGAGCGGAUCAAGCCCAGGGAACAGCUGACCCUGGAGCCUUUCGAACGUGACCACUGUAUAGUGUCUGGUAUCUACAAGCGCUCUGCAUGAAUUUAAGAAACAAAAAGAAUCCGGUGGUUUUUGCUCUUUUGUCUCUCUCAUGUCAUAAUUACUUAUGCUUCCCCUUUAUACGGCGUCGAGUGUUCCGUGAUCUGUUGCAAUUUUCUUCGAUUUUUUCCUUGUGUGUCCUCAUGUCCAGGUUUCUUAGAUGUACUUCUUGAGUCAGAAAAUUUCGAGGUUUACGGUUUCUGGUCGUUCAAGAAUUUAGCUGCUAAUUAAGCUGGUCAAUGAUUCACCAUUCUUUUGUGUAAAACAAAGUGUAGUUGCUAGACGAUUUUC